UUUUCUUACAUCAAAUGAAAUAUUUGACAAACAGUAUAUAUAAUUUGUACCAUAAAAACUAGAAUGCAAAAAUCUACAAACUCAGCAUAACAAAAAUUGAGAGUUGUAAGAAAAAAGAGAUGAGUAGUGCUAGAUUUAUCAAGUGUGUGACCGUGGGAGAUGGCGCCGUGGGGAAAACGUGCAUGCUCAUUUCCUACACCAGCAAUACCUUCCCUACUGAUUAUGUUCCAACUGUUUUCGACAAUUUUAGUGCUAACGUGAUCGUUGAUGGGAGCACAGUUAACAUAGGCCUCUGGGACACAGCUGGGCAAGAAGAUUAUAACCGGUUGAGGCCUCUAAGUUACAGAGGAGCUGAUGUAUUUCUGCUAGCAUUUUCUAUAACCAGCAAAGCCAGCUACGAGAAUAUAUACAAGAAGUGGGUUCCUGAGCUAAGGCACUACACUCGUAACAUACCAAUUGUUCUUGUGGGAACUAAAUCGGAUUUGAGAGAAGAUAAACAAUAUCUGAUUGAUCAUCCUGGUGCAAUUGCUAUAACAACAGAGCAGGGUGAAGAAUUGAGAAAGAUGAUUGGAGCUGUGGCGUAUCUUGAGUGCAGUGCUAAAACCCAACAGAAUGUGAAAGCCGUGUUUGAUACUGCAAUAAAAGUUGUUCUGCGACCUCCAAAAAUAAAGAAAAAGCUUCACCAAUGGAGAGGAUGCAUAUUCCUUUGAAUUUCAAGAUUAAUUUCUCAACCACUUAAAAUAUAUAGUAUCUGAUUAUCUUUCACCCUUUCUUCACCUUCUUUUAUUUUGUUUUUACAUUUUGGCUAUUAAUUACCAAGAAAAUAAGUUUCCACUACGGAGAUGUGAAAAAAUGGUGAAAGAUAACCGAAGAUAAAAACAUUUAUGUUACCUUUUUAUUCAAAUGGAUAAAUAAAUAGCAUAUGUGAAUUCCUCUUGUAGCAAAGCGCAUCAAUAUUAAAGUUUUCAAUAUUCUUGUAACGUAUUAAAAGAGAUAUGUUAUAUUUUGUCAUUCCUUA